CCUUGCAGUCAGAGGAGCUAGCUGCCUGGAAUAGCUGUGCUGCCAUGUGAUUCCUCAUGGUUCUAUUUUAGAACAGCACUGGUCUCUACACCACCAGCACUCACACUGGAGGAGUUAACAGAUAUACCUACUAAUCAAUCUACUAUGCUCUCUGUCCGUCUCUCUUCCUUCCUUUCUCUCUCUCUCUCUCUCUCUCUCUCUCUCCGUCCUCUCUUUCAAGUAUAACUCCUGGCGGUUGGUUGUGAGUGUAUGUGACCUCUCCCCUCUGACCUUUGACCUCCGUCUGACUGUGACCCCUCAGCAUGGCCCUGGAGAAGCUGCUAGGCUUUGGGAAGCAGCUGCUGCGUGUCAAGGUUGUGGACUGUAACAGUGAAGAUUCCCGUCUGUCCCGAUGUCUCAACACCUUCGACCUGGUGGCUUUGGGGGUGGGCAGUACUCUGGGAGCUGGGGUCUACGUCCUGGCUGGGGCCGUGGCCAGAGAGAAUGCAGGUCCUGCCAUUGUCCUAUCCUUCUUCAUCGCAGCGCUGGCCUCUGUGAUGGCUGGUCUGUGUUAUGCUGAGUUUGGGGCCCGCGUCCCCAAGACGGGCUCAGCCUACCUGUACAGCUACGUCACAGUGGGAGAACUCUGGGCCUUCAUCACGGGAUGGAACCUCAUCCUUUCUUACGUUAUCGGUACCUCCAGUGUAGCACGGGCAUGGAGCGCAACGUUUGAUGAGUUGACAGGGAAACAUAUAGAGGCGUUCUGCAGACAGUACAUGACCAUGAAAGCACCUGGGAUACUGGCAGAGUACCCUGACAUGUUCGCUGUGCUCAUCAUCAUUACCCUCACAGGUCUGUUGUCGUUUGGAGUGAAGGAGUCAGCUGUUGUCAACAAGGUGUUUACGUGUAUCAACGUCCUGGUGUUGUUGUUUAUGGUGGUCUCUGGACUGGUCAAAGGAACCCUGAAGAACUGGCAUCUGGACCCUGAUGUCAUCUUACACAACAACUCCAGCCAAAACAUGACAGAGCCCUUGCUGUCGGCGGAGAGUCUAGGAGUGGGCGGGUUCAUGCCAUUUGGCUUCACCGGUGUCCUAUCAGGCGCUGCCACCUGUUUCUACGCCUUCGUGGGAUUUGACUGCAUCGCCACGACAGGUGAGGAGGUGAAGAACCCUCAGAAGGCCAUUCCCAUAGGCAUCGUGUCGUCUCUCCUCAUCUGCUUCGUGGCCUACUUCGGAGUGUCUGCUGCUCUCACCAUGAUGAUGCCCUACUACCUCCUAGACAACAACAGUCCUCUGCCCGCAGCCUUUAAAUAUGUAGGCUGGGAGGGAGCCACUUACGCUGUGGCUGUAGGGUCACUGUGUGCUCUGUCCACCAGUCUCCUGGGCUCGAUGUUCCCUCUCCCUCGUAUAAUAUUUGCCAUGUCUCGCGACGGCCUCCUCUUCUCCUUCUUGGCCCGCAUCAGUGAGAGGAAGACACCCAUCAUGUCCACCAUGGCUGCUGGAGUCAUGUCUGCUAUCAUGGCCUUUCUGUUUGACCUGAAGGACCUGGUAGAUCUGAUGUCUAUAGGUACUCUGCUGGCCUACACCCUGGUUGCAGCCUGCGUUCUGGUACUCAGGUACCAACCAGAGCAUCCCAGCUCCUUGGCCUAUCAGAUGGCCAGUACCGUGGAGGAGAUGGAGCUAAAUGAUGGUAUCUCCGCCCCCAGUAUGGGCAUCCUGCCUGGUGUGAAGGAGCACUUCAGCCUGAAGACUGUCCUGUUCCCUGACAACACUGAACCCUCAGCCCUGUCCGGCUGCACUGUCAACAUCACUGUCAGCCUCAUGGGCCUUCUGAUCCUGGUGUUCAGUAUACUAGCAGUACAGGGUGGAUUUGCAGUGUGGAACAUCGUAGCUCUAACCGUCAUCUUCAUGGUGUGUGUUCUCCUCACCUUUAUAAUCUGGAGACAACCAGAGAGCAAGACCAAGCUGUCCUUUAAGGUGCCCCUGUUGCCGUUCAUCCCAGUGGUCAGCAUGUUUGUCAACGUCUACCUAAUGAUGCAACUGGACAGAGGCACGUGGAUACGCUUCGCUGUCUGGAUGGCUAUAGGGUUUGUGAUCUACUUUGGCUACGGGAUCCACCACAGUGCUGAGGCGGCUCUGGACCGCUCCUGUCCUGGGUCUGAUGUAGAGCUGAACGGCUACAUAGCCAGCCACUCACACAACAUGGAGCCCAUGUCUCCUGAGAAAGAGGCGUUUCUACAUAAUGGUCUGGAGGCCCGGGGAGAGGAGGACCGAGACCUGUAGAGUGCUAGGACCCAGCUGACAACUGCCACAGCCUGCCCUGACCACCCUACAUACCACACCUUAUCACGCCCCUUUGGAACUUUUGUCUGUCUGGAACCUUUAUCAAACAGGAUAGAACCCUCUUGGAAUGAACCGUCUCAUUUUGGGAUGUACCAUGCCGUUUUUUAACAGAGUCCUGGAUUUAGACUUUAGUCUAACAUCUCACUGUGGCGUAUGCACAUGUAGCUUCUCGCAGGUGUUUCUGGGUAGGGGAAAUACAAUUCUAAUGCAGAAAAUAAAGGAGUAGAGAAAAAGAAGGAAGAGAGGAUAGACUGCUGUUUGCUCCUGAGGGCGUAUUGUGAGCUCACAGGGGGUUUCCUACUACAGACAGGAGAACCAUAUCAACCCAGGGAAACCUAGAGAAACUGAGCAGACAUCUUGGAUCUUGUCCUCCUUCAUUUUAGGGAGAGUGUGGGUUGAUGUGGUGGGAGUGGGGUAGUGUAGUGUUGCUGUUGAGGACUGGGUUUGAUUGGACCCACUGGUUGAAUCAACGUUGUUUCCAACGUUUUGUUACUAAUAUACUCUACCUUUAGAUCUGCUAAAACCAUGGAUGAGCUAUAUAUGUGUGUUUCCUCUGAAACAGUGUAUUUUCUAGUCUCAACUGUUACCAUCUCCCCUAGCAGGAUAUAGGCUACCUUGUAAACUUCCGUUAUCUCCCCUGUGAUGUAGUGGUUGUGGCUCACCACUAGAGAUCGCUGUGUAUCACACAACGUCAGUAGACCUUUCAAAUCAAAUGAAAUAAAAUUGUAUUCAUCACCUGCGCCGAAUACAUAAGGCGUAGACUUUACCGUGAAAUUAUUACUUACAAGCCCUUAACCAACAAUGCAGUUCAAGAAAGAGUUCAGGAAAUAUUUACAAAAUAUACUUAACGUGAAAAAAUUAAAUAUCAAAAAGUAAGACAAGAAAAUAACAAAACAUUAAUGAGGCUAUAUACAGGUGAUACCGAGUCAAUUUGGGUG